AUGGCCCGUGAUGGAGUCUCCAAUGGCACCAGCCCCGUAAAAGACGCCGUUGAACCAACCAAGCUGGUCAACCUCGAGGAGGGAGGCUUGGGAGAUGUGGACAAGGACAACUACAUCGACUACAACGCACCCUAUGUUCGGAAUCCGCUCCCAGAGCCCGACUCGGAGGUCAGAGUGCUCGUUGUCGGUGCCGGCAUUCAUGGCCUGCUCACUGCUCACCACUUGAUGAAAGACGGCGGACUCACCAACGAGGAAGUAAUUCUCAUCGACAGGGCCGGUGGUUGGGGAGGCAGUUGGUACUGGAACCGAUAUCCCGGUGUGAUGUGCGACGUCGAAGGCUACGGAUAUCUUCCUCUCCUAGAAGAGACCGGCCAUAUUCCCAAGAGAAGAUACUCUUACGGCUACGAGAUUCGCGAGCAAUGCGAAAGAAUUGCAGACAUGCUGAACCUCAAGGCCGGAUUUGGCGUCAAUGUCACCCACCAGCAAUGGGACGACAGCGUCAAACGCUGGGUGGUGACUAUGACCCGGACACUCCCAGACGGGUCCUCAUCCGACCCGUACACCGUCAAGACACAAUUCCUAGUCUGUUCCGGCGGUCUGUUCCCUACGCCCCUCGUACCCCUCUUCAAAAACAUGAAAGCCUUCCGGUCCUCGCCAGGCAAGGCCGUCAUGCACACUGCCCGGUGGGAUUGGUCCGUCUCCGGAGGUUCACAAGAACAACCAGACAUGACACGGUUCAAAGACAAGAGAGUCGGUAUUGUCGGGACGGGAAACACCGCGGUCCAGGUGAUUCCUCUCGUCGCGGAGUGGGCGAAGAAGUUAUACGUCUUCCAGCGGCACUCAGCUUACGUCGGGCCUCACUUCCAGCAGGACACGACUCCUGAGUUCUGGAAAGACGUAGCGUACAAGAAGGGGUGGCAGUAUGAGCGAAUGGUAAACCUGGAUGCUUUCUUCACGAACCCCAAAGAGUACCCAGACCGCGUCAAGGACGGAUGGUCUCAGAUCGGUGGCGUCCGCGCCUUGAUCGGAGGUUCCUUCGACCCUGUCUUGCCUGGAGGCGAGGAGGCUCACGUUGAGAGGCUCAUCGCUCUGGAUAAGGAAUGGUCAGAAAAGAUGCGGCAGAGGGUCUCUCAAGAGGUCGAUGACCCAGACGUAGCAGAGAAACUGAAGUGCUGGGCACCGAGCUGGUGCAAGCGUCCCACAUUCCACAACAGCUACCUCACGACUUUCAACAAGCCCAACGUCGAGCUCAUCGAUACGAAUGGACAGGGUGUACGGGACUGUACGGCUGGUGGUGUCAUUGCCAACGGCCGAGAGUAUGAGCUCGACGUACUGAUUCUGGCGACCGGCUACACCAUCGCCAUCUUCGACAGUGACCCAUCCAAAUCCACGACUACGACCAUUGUCGGCAGAGACGAGCGAACCCUAAGCGACAAGUGGAAGUCUGACGACUUUGGGACCAUGUUCGGUUUGGCGACCAACGGUUUUCCGAACCUGUUCUUCUGCACGCCGGCAGGCUCAGGGGUAUCCAGCAACUUCCUGUCGUACCUGGAGAACAACGCAAGGACCUCUGCGCAUGUUAUCCGUCAAGCCCUUGAGCGUGCGGAAAACCCAAACUUCGUGGAGAUUGAGGCUCUCAAGGAUGCAGAGGACAGGUUCACUGACCAGGUCAUGGAGAAGGCGAGGCAUUUCAGUGGAUUGGGCAUCUGCGGUCUUGAGCUCAAUACCGUCACCAACGGCACGGGUUUCACGGUUCCCAAAAUGCCUGAUGCAGAGUUGAGGAAGGAACCGUGGGGAGAAGGCAUCUUGGGAAUGCGAAAGUUGAUUGCGGAGUGGACUCAGCAGGGGAGACUGGAGGGUUUCCAAGUCGUGGGCUAA